AUGACCACAAUGGUCAGUACCAAUGCCGAUCCUCCCACUGUUCAAGAUUUGCGUGUCGGUAACAAGUACCGCAUUGGACGUAAGAUCGGUAGUGGAAGUUUCGGCGACAUUUAUCUCGGCACCAACAUUAUUUCUGGUGAGGAGAUUGCCAUCAAGCUUGAGAGCGUGAAGGCCAAGCACCCCCAGCUUGAAUACGAAGCUCGCGUCUACAAGUCCCUCGCCGGAGGUGUCGGUAUUCCCUUCGUUCGCUGGUUCGGUACCGAGUGUGACUACAAUGCUAUGGUUAUCGACCUUCUCGGUCCCAGUCUCGAGGACUUGUUCAACUUCUGCAACCGCAAAUUCUCUCUUAAGACCGUGCUGCUCCUCGCCGAUCAGCUCAUCUCCCGCAUCGAAUACAUUCACGCCAAGUCGUUCAUUCACCGUGAUAUCAAGCCCGACAACUUCCUGAUGGGUAUUGGCAAGCGUGGUAACCAGGUGAAUGUGAUUGAUUUCGGUCUUGCAAAGAAGUACCGUGACCCCAAGACUCACUUCCACAUCCCUUACCGUGAGAACAAGAACCUCACUGGUACUGCCCGCUAUGCCAGUAUCAACACCCACCUGGGUGUCGAGCAGUCUCGCCGCGAUGACAUGGAAUCUCUUGGUUACGUGAUGCUCUACUUCUGCCGUGGCUCUCUCCCCUGGCAGGGUUUGAAGGCUGCUACCAAAAAGCAGAAGUACGAUCGCAUCAUGGAGAAGAAGAUGACCACACCCACUGAGGUUCUCUGCCGUGGAUUCCCCAACGAAUUCGCUAUCUACCUGAACUAUACUCGUUCGCUCCGCUUCGACGACAAGCCCGAUUACUCAUACCUUCGCAAGAUCUUCCGUGAUCUCUUCGUCCGCGAGUCCUUCCAGUACGAUUACGUUUUCGACUGGACCGUCUACAAGUACCAGAAGAACGCUGCCAUGAUUGUGGACGCUACCAAGAAGGACAAGGACGAAGAGCAGCGCCGCAUCGCUGCUGGUGGUGCUCCUGCUACCGGCCCCGCUGCUGCCGCCGCUGCUGCUAAGCCCGGCGCUAUCUCAAGCCAGCGCCGCAAGGUCAUUGACCGCGCCGCCCUCGAGAACCCCGCGGACGCUAACCGUGCUGUCGGAGGAAUCUUCGGCGUUAGGCUGCGUUCUGCCUCGAAAGGUGCUGCUGUAGGUCCUGGACCUACUGGUGGCCGUUCGAAGCGGGAUGAUGGAUCGGGGGCUCUUUGGUACUAA